GCCAUAACUAUAGCCCUCCAUUCUCCAAGGUCUGGCAUGUGAUGUAGGUGCAUCAUUCAAUGUAAGUUUGCCUAAACUCGGCAGGGCAGCUUCCGAGACUCCAGAUUGCUAAGGAACACUGGUAGCAAAGUCUCCUCUCCUUUUGCAUCUGAGAAGAGACAUGCCUAGAGCAGUGAAAAUCACAGACAGCAGGGAAGGAGAAGCAAUUCUGUUGUUUGUCUGCAUCUGAUAUGAUUGCAUGAUCGGAUCAUUCAAUCACACCUGAUCAGCAGAAUUACCUGUUCUCAAAGAAGGCACGCCCAGAGCCUCAGACAAGCCUCCUUUAGGCUCAAGACCGCAACAUCCCCCUGCUGUUUGUUUUUGCACCAAAGAUGAUCCUUGAAGUUGGCUUGAUGCAGCCUGCUGUUUUAAGGCCUACUCCUGAUCCUUGUUUGGGUUGGACCCUAUGAGACUCUCCACCCCAGCUCCUGCCUUGUUGUGGAACCCGCAGGAUGGGGAGCAGUAGUUCAGCACUGAAAGUUUGCACUGAUCACCAGGGAGGCAUCAACUGGCUGAGCCUCAGCCCAGACGGCCAGUGGCUCCUGACAGGUAGUGAAGAUGGCACUGCACGGCUCUGGAGCACUGCGGACAGCCAGUGCAGGGCCCAUUUUCAAGGACACGAAAGCUACAUCACAUUUUGCCACUUAGAAAAUGAAGCUGCUUUUACAUGUAGUGCGGAUCACACAAUUCGAAAGUGGGACGUGAUGACAGGCCAGUGCCUGGCAGUUUACCGAGGGCAUACAUCGAUUGUGAACAGGAUUUUGGUUUUCAAGGAUUAUCUCUUCAGUGGCUCCUAUGACAGGACAGCACGGUGCUGGAGUGUGGAUAAGGAGAAGCCAAUCCAGGAAUUUCGAGGCCACCGGAACUGUGUUCUGACAUUGGCUCUUUACUCCUCCAAGGAUGUCCUUGAGGAUUCAGAAGACGAAGAGUUGGAGGAGGAGAAAUUGAGCAGGGGCUUCUUGGUGACAGGGAGCACAGACUGCACCGUCAAGGUCUGGUGGGUGUCCAGUGGGCGCUGCCACCAAACCCUGCUGGGACACACUGGGGCCGUCUUAUGUCUUAUACUUGAUGCUCCAAACAGGGAGCUUUUUUCAGGCAGCACUGAUUAUACCAUUCGGACUUGGAACAUCGUGACUGGCGAGCAGCUGAGAGUGUUCAAAGAGCAUCAAGGAUCUGUCAUUUGCCUAGAGCUUGUGAAUCGGCGCUUGUAUUCAGGGAGUGCAGAUAGGACGGUGAAAUGCUGGUUGGCCGACACUGGGGAGCGAGUCCGGACAUUCAAGGCUCACAAGCACAGCGUCAGCACUUUGAAAUACCAUGCUGGAAUAUUGUUUACAGGAAGUGGUGAUGCCUGCGCCCGAGCUUUUAAUACCAAGACCGGCAUCCUGCAAAGAGUGUUCCGAGGUCACAAGCUGGUUAUUAACUGCAUCCAGAUUCACAACGAAUUACUGUACACGGCCUCCCACGACGGCACGCUAAGGAUCUGGGACAUACGGCAGAUCAGCAAGCGGAGCAAGCGGCGCUGGAAGGAGAGGUCGAUCCAGGGCAGGCGUUCUCAGAAGGGAAGCCUGUCUCGGCUCUUCAACAACAAAGUGGGCUGCAUGGUGCACCAGGAAAACAGGGGGGAGCAGGAGGCCGUGGAGCUCGUGUGACGGCUGGGCUGGUGCGAGAGGACAGGAAGCACCCAGUCAACUACAUAAGGGAAUGCCUGAGCCAACUGACCUAGCAAGCCAAAUGCAGCCUGUAGCUCAUUAUACUGAGCAGGCCUAUCAGGGGCUCAAAUUCCAUGUCCUGGCAUUUCUGCCCGGCUGCCAUAAUCAAGCACCUGGCUGGCCACACCCUUGUAUCCUGGGUGGGCUGCGUUCAGCAUGGUGGGUCACAAGCUGUGUGGGCACAAUCCUGGCCUGAUGCUGAUGAAAUGGCAACAACAAAAGAAGCAGGGAAGUGAACUAUGACAAAUACCUAUUUCACAAAGACGUAUCAAUUCUCGCGAACAUAUAGAAAUGCCCAUUUUGUUGGCCAACCGCAUCACACACCAUUUGCCGACCACAGAGCUGUCUCAUCAUGCAAGCUGCAUGUGCAGAUUUCUAGGCAACUGGGCCCGCAGAGCCAGUACCACUAGGAGCAGCUCAGAAAGGGAGGGGGCAAGGAAGACGCAGGGGUGGAAGCCAGAGCUUUAACAGGCCAGUCAUAGAAGGUUGGGGAGCCUGAUGUCAUGUUUAGGUGGUGUGUCAAAGAACAGGAGUAUAUGGUAACUCGCCCCCCCCCCCAUUUGCUUUGUGCCCAGACCGGGAAAGGUAUUUAAUGGUACAUGCAGGAAAAAGCAGUUGCUGUGCAUUGGAUGUGUACUUAAUGCCUUGUUAACAACAUAUUCCCAUUCCAUAAUUUAACACCAGGGGAAACUGCUGCUCUCGGUUUUGCAGCAGAGCCAGCUUAGCAGAGCACUGGUUACUGAUGUCUGUAAUCCCUCGUUCUCCUCAGAGCAGUUUUGCAAUUAUUUGCUAAUGAAUCAUGCUAAAUGGAUGGAUAAGUUCAUGAAUGAUGUGGCACUUUUACAACCUCCCCCCCACCCCCCACAGAGCAUGAUGCAUAUGCGAAGCAUAUUGCAUCCAAGUUGGGAUCACAGCCACCCACCAAUCAGCACUUUGCACAGCUGCCUUUCCUUUUAGGGAGCCAGCGCAUUUCUGCAUCUGCACUAGGCCAUGGCUUAGCUUAGUGUGAUGUGCAGAAAUUGCCAAUGUGGUGGUUUGUGAGCUUUUGCACUGGCCUCUCCAGGUGGCCCUGAAACAAGAGUUCAAUCUACAGAUGAGCAUAUUCAGCUCCAGGCCACAAAAAGCCUCACUUACCAAUUUGUUUUUCAAACUUCCAUUAAAAGCAAAAGGCUGGAUUCUUAAAAGCAAAAUUGGGUUUCAGGGCGAGAGGUUUCUGGCAACAUUUGG